CACAUCGGAAGCUGCUCUUUGAACGCAGUCUGAUGACGCCGAUGGGAGCUCGUGACAGCACUGGUGGCUACGGAAGCAGCAGAUUAAGCAGAAUCAAAUAAAUAAAGGAUUAUUAUCAAGCUGCUACCUGUGUGAUCCUGAAACACUGUCCACAAUGUCCAGGCAGUCCAACCGAGCGACCGACAGCAAGAAGAUGAACUCUGAGCUGUUCACACUGACGUACGGAGCCCUGGUCACACAGCUCUGUAAGGACUAUGAGAAUGAUGAGGAAGUCAAUAAACAGCUCGACAAGAUGGGUUAUAACAUCGGCGUGCGUCUGAUCGAGGAUUUCUUGGCACGCUCCACCAUCGGCAGGUGUCAGGACUUCAGAGAAACAGCUGAUGUCAUUGCGAAGGUUGCAUUUAAGAUGUACCUGGGAAUCACCCCGAGCGUCACCAACUGGAGCCCCGCGGGGGACGAGUUCUCCCUCAUCCUGGAGAACAACCCGCUGGUAGACUUUGUGGAGUUGCCAGAUAACCACAGCACACUCAUCUACUCCAACCUGCUGUGCGGGGUCCUCAGAGGGGCCCUGGAGAUGGUCCAGAUGGCGGUGGAUGUGAAGUUUGUUCAGGACACACUCCGAGGGGACAAUGUGACAGAAAUCCGCAUGAAGUUCAUUAAGAGGAUCGAAGAAAACCUUCCGGCAGGAGACGAGUGAUUCAAAGAAAAAGACGCCUCGUUGUCCCGCAGAGAGAGGACAAACUUUUACAAGGAACACUUUGACAUUUGAGAAAGCUUAAAGGAUGAAGAAUAUAAAUCUUAACAGCCCCGAGGAUGUUUAUUUUGCAUGUAACCUGCUGUAAAAUGUCAGUGAGUGGGGUGCAGUAUGAACAUCUGAGGCCUGAUUAUUCACCAGAAACAUCUGAAAUGGCUCACAGCUCCGGUUCAAAAAGCAUCUCAUAAUUUUCAAUUACUUUCAGGUCACGCUGCCCUUUGUGUUUUCGCUCAUCCUGUUUGUGGAUGGUAGAAAUUUCUGAAGAGGUGAUCCAAGGAAGACAA